UCUGAAUUUGCCACUGCGCUGCAGAAAACCGUGGAAACAGACCGUUUGUUAGUGUUUUCUCUGGGUAAUUGGAAUUAGGCUAUUUUCGAAUGAACAAAAUACAUUUUUGUGGAAUAUUUACAUUACAUACAUCGAUACACAUAACUACAGCCUGAAUAUCACGCCGUUUACAUGUAAGGAUGGGACACAAAGGAUUUUGCGUGGCAGGCCUGGUCUGCUGCUUUGCUUUCUUUCUUCUUACACUGCACUACGCCUAUGGAGACGUGAUCUAUUCUUUUCCGGAGGAGAUGAAACGCGGAUCUGUGAUUGGAAAUAUAGCCAAGGAUCUCGGGCUGGAGGCGAGCAGAUUGUCAGCUCGUAAAGCCCGUAUUGAUACAGAAAGGAACCGUAAACGUUAUUGUGACAUUAAUCUGAGUACCGGUGAUUUGAUUGUCGCGGACCGAAUUGAUAGAGAAGCGCUUUGUGGAGAAAAGGUUUCUUGUCUUCUCAGAUUCGAAUUGGUCCUCGAGAAUCCCUUGGAAUUGCAUCGUAUAUCACUUAAAAUACAAGAUAUCAACGAUAAUGCACCAAUUUUUCCAAAAGACAUAAUCAAACUAGAAAUUACAGAGUCUGCUGUCAAAGGAGCUCGUUUUCUUUUGAUUGAGGCCCAUGAUGCGGACAUAGGACAACACGGAGUACAAAGCUAUACACUGGAAAGGAAUGAACAUUUUGUGCUGGCUGUGCAAUCUAGCGCAGAUGGGGGUAAAUAUGGUGAGCUAGUUUUAGACAGAGAGCUAGAUCGUGAAGAGAAACAUGAGUUGAAACUAUUGCUUACAGCGAUGGAUGGUGGCACUCUGCAGAGAUCCGGUACUGUAGUCAUACACGUCACUGUACUGGAUGCUAACGAUAAUGCCCCAGUGUUUAGCCAGGCCGUCUAUAAAGCCCCUCUGAUUGAAAACUCUCCAUUAGAUACUGUAGUGGUUACAGUGAGUGCUACGGAUGCAGAUGAGGGAGUAAAUGGAGAAGUGACGUAUGAAUUUAGUCGAAUUUCUGAUACAGCUAGACACAUGUUUGCUUUAAGCCAGAAAACAGGCGACGUAAAGAUCAUAGGGCCUAUAGAUUUCGAGGAAGAAUCUGUGUAUGAAAUGCGAAUAGAAGCAAAAGAUGGAUAUGGUCUUACUUCCAAUGCUAAAGUCAUUAUUGACGUUACUGACAUUAAUGACAACACCCCUGAGAUAUAUCUGAAAUCUCUGACUAACCCCAUACCUGAGAAUGUGUCACCUGGUACAGAGGUGGGCAUCAUUAACGUGCAGGAUAGAGACUCUGAGAACAACGGUCAGGGCCGCUGCUCCAUUCAGCAAAACGUUCCUUUUAAGCUGGUGCCAUCCAUCAAAAACUAUUAUUCUCUGGUGACCACGGGCGAACUGGACCGUGAACUAGUGUCUGAUUACAACAUUACAAUCACUGCCACCGACGAGGGCUCUCCGCCUCUUUCCUCCUAUAAAACUAUUCAGUUAUCUGUAGCUGACAUCAACGACAACCCACCUGUGUUUAUGGAACAGUCGUAUAGCGCCCAAAUGACUGAAAAUAACAAAUCCGGUUCCUCUGUGUGUUCCGUUACUGCUCGAGACCCAGACUGGAGACAGAAUGGUACAGUGAUUUACUCUCUCUUACCCUGGUGAGGUGAACGGUGUCCCGGUGUCCUCGUUUCUAUCCGUUAAUGGAGACACAGGGGUGAUACACGCUGUGAGGUCGUUUGAUUAUGAGCAGUUCAGGAGC